CUUCUCUUUCUCAUUGUUUCAUCUCCGUGGUUAGAAUAUCAAAUGAUUGAAGCUUUGGAUUCUCUCGAACCCCCGUGAUAUACCCAUUUCCGUUUUGAGCCUCCCAGAAAACGCGAGCAAGGAUUUUGAAAUAUGGCAGAGGUAAUGUCUGGACAUCUGGAUCGGCAUAACAAGCUAGAUGGUGAGUUCUCUGAGGAUGACAAGAAAACUAAGCUUGCAAAUGCUAAACUCCGCUCUCAGCCGUGUCAACGACCUCGAGACUCUUUCACCAAGAAGAGCCGUAAGAACAGCCGAGUCAUGUCUGUCCCCAUCAUCUAUGAUGACAUCGAUGCUGAAGACUUGCAGGCUGUUGAUGCUUUUCGCCAAGCUCUUAUCUUAGACGAGCUUCUCCCCUCCAAACACGAUGAUCUUCACAUGAUGCUUAGGUUCUUGAGGGCAAGGAAGUUUGACAUUGAGAAGGCGAAGCAAAUGUGGUCCGACAUGCUUAAUUGGAGAAAAGAUUUUGGUGCAGACACCAUCAUGGAGGAUUUUGACUUCAAGGAAAUAGACGAAGUCCUGAAGUAUUACCCACAAGGUUACCAUGGAGUUGACAAGGAAGGAAGGCCGGUGUACAUUGAGAGACUUGGCCAAGUCGACGCCACAAAGCUGAUGCAAGUAACCACAAUUGAAAGGUACGUGAAAUACCAUGUAAGGGAAUUCGAGAAGACAUUCAGAAUCAAGUUCCCUGCUUGCUCCAUCGCUUCCAAGAGACACAUUGAUCAGAGCACAACGGUCUUGGACGUUCAAGGAGUGGGGCUUAAGAACUUCAACAAGGCUGCAAGGGACCUCCUUCAGCAUAUUCAGAAGAUUGACAAUGACAAUUACCCUGAGACUUUGAACCGUAUGUUCAUCAUCAAUGCUGGCCAUGGGUUCAGACUCUUGUGGAGCACCGUUAAAUCUUUCCUUGAUCCCAAGACCACUGCCAAAAUUCACGUUCUUGGCAACAAGUACCAGAGCAAACUUCUGGAAAUCAUUGACGCCAAUGAACUGCCCGAGUUCUUGGGAGGUAGCUGCACCUGCGAGGACAAAGGCGGAUGUAUGCGUUCAGACAAAGGUCCAUGGAAUGACCCUGAGAUCUUCAAGAUGGUUCAGAAUGGUGAAGGCAGAUGCACGAGGAAUGUCUUGUCAGGCAUCGAGGAGAAAACGAUCUCAGAGUACGAGACCUAUACACCAAAGGGACGUGGAUCUUUCGAGGCAGAAGAGAAACUCAAGCUCUCUGCAGCUGAAGCAAUGUUUAUCUUAGCCAAGAGCAAGAAAUUCAAUGAACUGAAUGAGAAACUCAUUCCAAUGGUGGACAAGACCAUGGAUGCUACUUGGCCUACAACCCGCAACAAGGCCAACACCUUUGCUAACACUGCAGAAUGUUGCCCGGUGAAGCCAUCAGAGAAGAGGGCAGGAGAAGGGUACCUGUUGGGGGGAGUGAUGACAGUGCUGAUGGGAAUAAUGACGGUGAUGAAACUCACCAAGAACAUGCCCAGGAAGAUCACAGAGGCCGCCAUAUAUGGAGGAGGAAGCUGCUACUAUGAAGGAGAGGGCGGGAAUGUGGCAGUGUCAAGCAGUGAGUACAUGGGGAUGGUGAAGAGGAUGGCGGAGCUGGAGGACAAGUGUAAGUUCUUGGACUCGCAGCCUAUUUUCUCACCGGAGAAGGAGCAAAUGCUAAACUCCGCUCUCAGCCGUGUCAACGACCUCGAGCUUCAGUUAUCGGAGACCAAGAAGGCACUGGAUGAGGCACUGUCAAAGCAACAGGAGAUACUUGCUUACAUCGAGGAGAAAAAGAAGAAGAAGAAGAAGUUCUUUGGAUUCUGAAAGACCUGCAGAGCUUAUUAUGGCAGGAGUAAGUUCAACAUCCAUAUAUUAUAUAUGCAUAUUUAUUAAUAUUCCUGAGAAGUCUAAUAUCUUGAGUCUCCCUUUCUUUUUUAUUUCAAAAAAAAAGUAUUUUGUAUACCUAUCUCUAUCUUCUGUUCCCAUUCGAUGUUGUCUGACGUCUGUCAUGUAAUGGCCGAGGGAAAUUCAACUAUGGCCAGAAGGAAAAAAAACUGUGUGAACUAUGUGAAAUUUAAAUAUGUUAUAUAUAAUGCUAUUAUAAUAAUUGAAGAAGAA